AUGACGAGUAUGAGUGAAGAACAAGCUUUGGAGCCACCAACACAUGAGGAGGUGAAAAAGGCGAUUGGUGAGCUGGAAAACGGCAAGGCCGCUGGGAAGGACGUGAAGAUUCUGGCAUCCUACCGUGCGCAUCUUUGGAGAAAAUUCGGUUACUUGAAAAUGGACGCCUAUGGCGCAGAGGCCUCGAGCAGUAGUGCUCUAUCUAGUCUGAGCAGUUUCUUCUCCUUUACCAAUCCGGCAGUAAAAAAGCUUCUGGGUUGGAAACAAGGUGACGAGCAAGAAAAUUGGGCCGAAAAAGCUGUAGAAAGUUUGGUGAAAAAAUUGAAGAAACAAAAAGGUGCCCUCGAAGAUUUGGAGCGAGCCUUAUCGAAUCCCGGACAACCAUCGAAGUGUGUUACGAUCGCUCGCUCACUGGAUGGACGAUUGCAGGUUUCUCAUCGCAAAGGAUUGCCACACGUGAUUUAUUGUCGUGUUUGGCGCUGGCCAGAUCUACAAAGUCACCACGAACUGAAAGCAAUCGAAACGUGUCAGUUUCCGUUCGGUUCGAAACAGAAAGAAGUGUGUAUCAAUCCGCAUCACUACAACCGCGUCGAAAGCCCAGUUCUACCCCCAGUGCUUGUUCCGCGGCAUUCAGAAUUCGCUCCCGGUCACCCACUGAUUCCGUUUCACCAGGCAACCGAACACAACAUAGCGCAAAAUGCCAGCUAUACGAGUUCAGGUUUCAGCAGACCCAAUUCACACAGUCCUUUUGGUUCAUUACUUGACAUGCCUCCUCCGGCUUACAGUCCAUCGGAGGAUGGCAGCUCCAUCGCCGGCACAAAUAACAGUCAAAUGAGUACGAACCAGAUGUACGGUGAGGUGACUUCGGUUAAAUAUCAGGAGCAACCAUCGUGGGCCAAAGUUACUUAUUACGAGUUGAACAGCCGAGUUGGCGAAAUGUUUCACUGCAGUUCAACGUCGAUAGUCAUUGACGGUUUCACUAAUCCGUCCAACAACAACUCGGACCGCUUCUGCCUCGGCCAGCUAAGUAACGUAAAUCGGAACAGUACAAUCGAGAACACUCGUCGCCAUAUCGGAAAAGGAGUCCAUCUGUGCUACGUCGCAGGCGAAGUGUACGCCGAGUGUCUUUCCGAUUCAGCCAUUUUCGUGCAAAGCCGACUCUGCAACCAUCAUCAUGGGUUUCAUCACAGCACAGUCUGCAAAAUUCUACCUGGCUGCUCGCUGAAGAUCUUCAACAACAAGGAAUUCGCUCAGCUCCUUACGGAAUCACUCAACCACGGGUUCGAGGCCGUCUACGAACUCACCAAGAUGUGCACCAUUCGCAUGAGCUUCGUCAAGGGUUGGGGUGGCGAAUACCACCGACUGGAUGUGACCUCGACGCCCUGCUGGAUAGAAAUUCAUCUGAACGGCCCGCUGCAGUGGCUCGAUGAUGUGCUUAGCCAGAUGGGAUCGCCGCACAAUGCGAUCAGUUCUGUUUCGUAA